GCCAUGGACUCGGACGCCAGCCUGGUGUCCAGCCGCCCGUCGUCGCCGGAACCCGAUGACCUUUUCCUGCCGGCCCGGAGCAAGGGCAGCAGCGGCGGCGGCUUCACAGGGGGCACUGUGUCCUCGUCCACGCCGAGCGACUGCCCGCCGGAGCUGAGCGCCGAGCUGCGCGGAGCCAUGGGCGCGGCGGGUGCGCACCCCGGGGACAAGCUGGGCGGCGGCGGCGGCUUCAAGUCCUCCUCGUCCAGCACCUCGUCGUCCACGUCGGCGGCGGCCGCGUCGUCCACCAAGAAAGACAAGAAGCAGAUGACCGAGCCGGAGCUGCAGCAGCUGCGGCUGAAAAUCAACAGCCGCGAGCGCAAGCGCAUGCAUGACCUCAACAUCGCCAUGGACGGGCUGCGCGAGGUCAUGCCGUACGCGCACGGCCCGUCGGUGCGCAAGCUCUCCAAAAUCGCCACGCUGCUGCUGGCGCGUAACUACAUCCUCAUGCUCACCAACUCGCUGGAGGAGAUGAAGCGCCUGGUGAGCGAGAUCUACGGCGGCCACCACGCCGGCUUCCACCCGUCGGCCUGCGGUGGCCUGGCGCACUCGGCGCCGCUGCCCGCCGCCACCGCACACCCGGCGGCCGCAGCGCACGCGGCGCACCACCCGGCGGUCCACCACCCCAUCCUGCCACCUGCCGCGGCCGCCGCCGCCGCCGCCGCCGCGGCCGCCGCCGUAUCCAGCGCCUCUCUGCCUGGCUCCGGGCUGUCGUCGGUCGGCUCUAUCCGGCCCCCGCACGGCCUGCUCAAGUCUCCGUCCGCCGCCGCCGCAGCCCCGCUGGGGGGUGGCGGCGGCGGCGGCGGGGGCAGCGGGGGCUUCCAGCACUGGGGCGGCAUGCCGUGCCCCUGCAGCAUGUGUCAGGUGCCGCCCCCGCACCACCACGUGUCGGCCAUGGGCGCGGGCAGCCUGCCGCGCCUCACCUCGGACGCCAAGUGA